AUGAUUUUCUCCAUUUUUUUGUGUUUUUUUUGGAUUGCUUGUCUGUUUGAUCUACGAAGAUCGGAAAAACUCGAAAAAAAAUUUGAUCGAAAAAAACACAUAAGCCCUUAUGUGUUUUUUGAAAUUUUCAAAACUUGGGGAAUGUUUCGCGGCGUCUCGGCUCCUUUCUUGAAACACUCGCUGAAAAUCCACUUCUCCCAACAAACGUACGAUAUUCUGAUGCAAGAAGCGGGAUUCAAGCUGGAACUACGUGGAUCCGUCGAGACUGAUCUCUCCCUCUCUCUCUCUCUCUCUUUUAGAAUAUCCUCCAAAUCAGUUUUCAUGUGUUUUUUGUUUCGAUCCACCAUCUUCUUGUGUCCCCCAGCAGACAUGAGCUGA